CAUCGUGGCAUGUGUGCUGGUUGUCUCGUUCUGGAAGAGGGAGAUGGUCUAUUCAAUACGAGCCUCCUCCGGCCGUGGAGAAUUUGGAGCCUUCCCAGGACCAUGACGUUGGCCAAAACUCGGGCCAAAACUCGACGGGUUCCAGUGGUACCUUCAACACAUCUGACGCCGUUCCCAACAGCCCGCCCCUGGGAGUCAUCAUCGAGACGGAGAUGACCCCCAAUCUCAUCCCCCUCAUGCUCCAUUUCGGCGCCGUCCUCGGACCCGCGUGGAAGAUUGUCCUGUUCACUCUCGAGGAACAUUGGGCCCUGCCCCCUUCUCCCUCGUUCCGCCGAGCGGUGACGGACCAAAGAAUCGAGAUCCGCUUCCUCCCGCCGGCGACGAGAUUCAAGAACAGCGCUUCUGUUUCGCGCUUCCUGACAGAGCCGUGGCUGUGGGAACAGGUGCAGUCGGCGGAGCGAAUCCUCCUCUUCCAGUCCGACAGCAUCAUAUGCUCAAAGGCCUCAACGACUGUGGAGGACUUCUUCGCCUACGACUUUGUCGGGGCGCCGAUUGCGGCGAGAUACGGGAAGGGGUACAACGGAGGGCUCUCGCUGAGGAACCCGAGUCUGUUCUUGAGGAUCACCGAGGAGUCGAGCUUUGCCAAUAGUUCCAUCAAGUUCGAGGACCAGUGGUUCUACACGGAGGCGAUGGCGCGGGUUGGAGACGGGGUGCAGCUGCCCACUGAGGACGUCGCCAAGACCUUUGCAGUUGAAACCAUAUAUUACGAGACACCGCUUGGAUAUCACCAGCCUUCGCGGUGGCAGGCUAAGAACAUCGAGCAGAUCGAGGGGUGGUGCCCGGAAUCCAAGAUGCUCAUCGGCCGCCGUGCUGGCUAGUUUAGCCGAUUAAUAAAUGGCGAAUUAAGAGUAUAUCUAUCAACCCAUGUAGGCCGAUACCCGGUUCCCAUUUCCGUCUAUCGUGCCUCUCGUCUCUGUAUCAGGCUCGUCGUCAUUCCGGGUACGACACGU